AUGAAUCAAGGACCUAAGACCCCGAUCCCUGGUCUGGGCCUUCUCCCGACGAGCCAGACUCCCAACGGCGCCGUCAUCGACACGUCUCAGUCCCCUUCUCCUCACCAGGACCUUCGUAGGAAGGCUGCUGACUGGGUGAAGAACGAGCAGGAAGACCACGAUGCCUUCGAUUCGAGCAUCUACGACGACGAGGAUAGCUGGACAAAGGACGACCAGGCCGAUAACGACGACACUGUCACUGGAUCAGGCCUUCAGCAACCCGUCAACAAUACCACGAACCACGUCGCCGACAUUCGCGACCUUCGCCGACGCCUCACCAGACUUGAGACGAAGCUGAAUGAGACGGACGUCGGUCAGAAUGUGGCCAACCAGCGAGCUCUCGAAGCUCAGACCAGAAACCUUGCGAUGGGCCGUUCCAUCGAUGCCUUGGGAGAUGGCUGUCAGAUUCGAGACGCUGAACAGAAGGAGGAGAUCAAGGCUCUCAAGGCUGUGAUUCUGGGAAUUAAUCGACGCCUUGAUUACCAACAGAGCAGCCAAGAGAGCUACCGACAAUGCUUCGUCACCCAUGAUCAAGUCGACAACAGGCUCAAGGAGAGCACCGCCCGUUUCGAGGACCGGACGGAAGCCAUCGAGGGCCACAUGGGAGAGAUGGAGGGUCACAUGGGAAAGAUGCAGGGUCACAUCAAUCAGAGCCCCAGCCGCGGAGACAUCAGAAGCGACCUCGUCAUCUUCUUUGUCGCCAUUGCGCUGCUCCUGGUUGUGAUUCUGACUGUUUUCAUGUAA